GUAAAACUCAAAGAAGAACGAAACUCAAAGAAUGGGAUGAACCUCUUAAUUUGUGCAGCGAUCGAUCGGCUCGUUAACCGGGACUUUGUUUGCUGUUGCGUUUUGCAAUGGAUUCACACACAAAGAGAUUAACUGAUACAGCUGAGCACAAUGCAGAGCAUUUUCUGUACAGUAUCGAUGAAGAACAAGACGAAUCGGAUGAAUUUUCUGACCUGGACAGUGUCGCUUCCAGCGUGGAAUCAACAGAGGCGGCGUUCAUCGAUGAUCUUGAUUUCGUCCUCGAUCAGCUUUCCGAUGACGAUAUCUCAUUUGAUGAGGAAUGUAAUCCAGAGACCACCCCACGAAAGAGGCAGAGAACUGGUCUGUCUUCCACGUCACCAUCUCCAGCAAAAUCUGUUUUCUCUCAAUCACCUUCCUCUGUACCAGUUGUUCAGUGGAGAGGCAAGAGAAGGAGUGUAUGCCGAUCCAUCCCUGGUUUUUCCUUUACCAUCUCAGAAGUCAAGUGGCAGAGUGGAGAUAAGCCAGAUAUUGAGCCACCUCAACCAGUCUUCAGACCUGCGGGAACACCUGGCCCACAGGUGGUCACCACCGCAUCAUUCAGUCCUCUACAGUUUUUUGAACUGUUCUUUUCAACAUCAGUGAUGCAGACAAUUGUAAAUAACACAAAUGCCUAUGGGGCCAAGUGUCGCAAUGGGAAGAAGCCAUGGCAUGACAUUACUAUAAAAGAUUUCAGGUCAUACUUGGCUCUGGUGAUUUACAUGGGUCUGUUGAAAUGUCCCUCACUGAGAGACUACUGGAGGACAUCUAACAUCUACAGUCUGCCGUAUCCUGCACGAAUUAUGUCUUCUAGGAAGUUUCACAUGAUCUCUCAAUCUAUUCAUAUCAGUGAUCCUAAAGAAGAUGAAGAGAAUGACAAGAAGAAGGGAACGUCUGAAUAUGACCGGCUGUGUAGGAUCAAGCCGCUGUACCAGCACAUUCGAAAGGCCUGCAAGGACUCUUUUCAUCCCUUUCAGAACAUCUCCAUUGAUGAAAGAAUGGUGGCAACAAAGGCUAGAAAUGGACUUAAGCAAUAUAUGAAAAAUAAUCCUACACGAUGGGGCUACAAACUAUUUGUACUGGCAGAUUCCCUCUGCGGCUACACGUGGGACUUCUUCAUUUACGAGGGGAAGUCAAAUUCAGAGCAGAGCAAAGGUAUUAGCUAUGAUUCCGUCAUGACACUGGUGAAUGAAAAGUUGUUGGGCACUGGCUACAAGCUGUUUGUGGACAACUUCUACACCAGUCCUACACUCUUCAGGGACCUCCUCAGUAAGAAGAUCUGGGCUUGUGGCACAGUUCGUGCAAACAGGAUAGGCCACUCAAAAAAGCCAGCUCCUCACGGCAAUAUACGUUGGUUUCGGGACGACAACCUCCUGUUUGUGGAGUGGAAGGACAAGAAGGAUGUACUGAUAUGCUCCACCUUUCAUAAAGCCUAUAAUGGUGACACAGUGAAGAGGAAGGUGAAGGAGAAUGGAACUUGUAUCAUGAAGGAUUUCCCUGUUCCAGCUGCAGUUCUGGACUACAAUAAGCACAUGGGGGGAGUGGAUCUGUCCGAUGCGCUAAUUGGAUAUUACACAGUUCUGCAUAAAACGAUGAAGUGGUAUCGGUCAUUUUUUUACCAUUUUGUGGACAUUGCGGUAGUAAAUGCCUUCAUUUUGCACCAACAGACGUCCAAGGAAAAGAACCAGAAGCCUUUGACACAAAAAGCGUUCCGGGAGGCACUUGUGUUGGAGCUUGCAGGAACAGGGCCUGCUUGUCCGGUUCCUUCUGAAGUGUCCCACCUGCCCACGUUCAUCAGUGGGGACAGCACUACUGGAAGGAAGAGAUGCAAGGUCUGCCACCUAAAAACUCCAGUCAUGUGUGUGACUUGUGGUGUGGCUCUGUGCUUGGUUCCCAAGCGUGAAUGUUUCACAGACUGGCAUGAAUCGGGUAGUUUUGAGUAAAUAUCCAAGUGCAGAGAGUAUUUCAAAAUACAGUAAAUAAGGGUGCAGAAAAGGGUUCAACGGUUUACACAGGCCAAGUUCAUUGGCAAAUGGUUGAACUGGAAAUAUAGGAUGGAAAGUUGAAGGUAACUUUCAAAAACUUGGGUGACGGCGACUCCUGGUGUUAGGACAAUGGAGAUGCAUGCUCUGAUAUUCCAGUAGUUCAUGAUCAAUGGGUGCCACAAUUGUAAGUAGUUGUAAAUAUGAAGUACAUUUUUCACACUGUUACUCUACUGAAAUGUAACCAGUCUUAAUAUAACACAUUUUGAUCUCAUUGUGUGUGCUCCAAAGUAGU